GUCAGUGACGUUAUGUGCUGAGGUGGAAAAACAGACACGAUCUGCAGAUCGGGUAGUGACAGUAGUGACAGUGACAACAGUGACACCAACAGUGAUGUCAAAGUCCGGGGUACUUUUCCGGUUCCGGGGCUCAGUCUCAGUCAGCGUUCGGGGGCUAUAAGACAGCAGUACUUCUGCCAGUGCGGGGAAGGAAGCGGAGCAGCGCGUCGCUGUGUCGGGCAGGUGGGCUGGCUGACAGACGGACGGCGAAUUGCAGGGAACAGCGACAACGAUGUCAUUUAUUUUUGAUUGGAUUUAUAGAGGGUUCAGCAGUGUGCUGCAAUUUUUAGGCUUGUAUAAAAAAUCUGGGAAGCUAGUUUUUCUUGGGCUUGAUAAUGCCGGCAAAACGACACUAUUGCACAUGUUAAAGGACGACAGACUUGGACAACAUGUUCCGACAUUACAUCCAACGUCGGAGGAGUUGACAAUCGCUGGAAUGACUUUCACUACCUUUGAUUUGGGUGGUCAUGCACAAGCAAGAAGAGUUUGGAAGGAUUAUCUGCCAGCUAUACAUGGUGUGGUCUUCCUUGUGGACUGUGCGGACCACGAGCGUCUCAUGGAAUCUAAAGUUGAACUUGACGCAUUAUUAACCGAUGACACGAUCUCCAAUGUGCCAGUCCUUAUUCUGGGAAAUAAGAUUGACCGUCCAGAAGCCAUCAGUGAAGAACAACUGCGAGUUAUGUUUGGCCUUCAUGGACAGACCACUGGAAAGGGCAGCGUGUCGCUGAGAGAGCUGAACGUCAGGCCUGUGGAGGUGUUCAUGUGCAGCGUGUUGAAGAAGCAGGGAUACGGGGAUGGCUUCCGUUGGCUGGCUCAGUACAUCGACUGACCUUAAGACUGUACAGUUCUCCAUGCCGGACCGAGGUGGCUCCGUCCUUACUGCAGGGGGUGGGGGUUGUGUGGGCGACUGGUAUGAUAAGGAGGAGUGUUGAAGACCCUUGUGGGCACCCAGAUUAAGCUGUUAACUAAUACUACAUUUCUCAGUUUGCCGCUCAAAUAAUUUGUUUUCUUUUUACCGGUCUCAGGCAGGUUCAUAGUUUCUACUAUUUCAGUUUGCAGACUGUGAGCAAAAUUUAUGACACUUUAAAGGUUAGUGUGGUCAUAUAUACUCAGAGACUACUUUAUAAGGUACACAUAGCUAGUAGUUAUCUGGUAUGUCCUAAGUUACGUGCUCCAUUUGCACACCACAGUUGUACUGAAUUCUUUUUGCACUUGUGGUCUUCCUUUUACCUUUAACAGGUCUGCCCAUUCUCCUCCAGCCUCUCUCCUUAAGGUGUUUUCAGCCACAGAAAUGCCUCUGACUGGAUCUGUUUUGCUCAUCACGCCGUUCUCUGUAAACUCUGCUCUAGUGUGUGAAAAUCCCAAUUGGGCGGCUGUUUCUGAGAUGAUAAAACCAACAUCGAUCAAACCACCAACAAUUGUACCAAAUGCAAAAUCAUGUAGAUCAUGCAUCUGAGACAUUCUAAUGCUAAAGAGGUUCACUCACACAGCACCCCGCCCCACAGCGGGUGAACCUCGUGACCCUCUCUUUGUGCUGUAUGACUGCAUUUGCAGUCACGUGAUUGGCUGUUUGGAGGAGCAGGCUGUUCCUAUUAGCGGGCAGGUGUACCUAAGAAACUGACGUCUGGUUGCAUUAAUUGUUUAUUGUCUGCAAGAUACUGUUUUUAAAAAAGCGCAAUAUUAAAACUUUGUGUUAUAUGGUCAUUCUGAUGGAAGGGGAAAAACAGGAGGUAAGAUCCCCCCCCCACAAAGAUUUAAGAUGCUGCCCACUUCAAUGUAAAGGAUUUCAAAUAUUACUUAAGUUAUGUCAUUUAUGAGCAUGUCUGUAUGUAAUAGUAUAAUGGAAACAUCUUGGCUGUGUUUGCGGAGACGACUGGAAGUACCGAGAAGGGGGGGGCGUGUGGACGUGUGUUGGUCUUCCUCCUACUGUGCACCCAGCCAAAGACGUGAGUGACAUUCACACAGACCAGCACCACACGUGCUGGUACAUUGAUGGGCUCCCCGAACAUCGGCACCUGUCUGGGAAGGAGUGUCAUUGGGACCCACAAUCUCUACAGAGCAAUAAUAUUAAAAAAACACCAGACAGCAAUAUUCAUACGGAGAGCUGGUGAAGCUAGCGCUAUAAAUGAGAAGCUCUGAUCCUGAAACAGUGUUUCUGCAGGACUCCUAGAGUAAGAGCCUACUCAGCAUGGACUGGUCUUAUUUUGCAGCGUUGCCAAGAGACAACAUUGCUAUUUCCAUCCAUUCUGGUUAGGGUACAAUCAACACUGGCUAUUUUAACACUAUGUAUUUACACUACUCCCCUUCCCACAACCAAUUUCAUCUUACUGCCCUUGGUAACAAGAAGAAAAAUCUUCUAAUGUCGCCUGGUGUGAAGGGAAAUGUGUUCACAGUCCAGUGUAGUUUUGUCUCAACCUUUUUUUUUUUCCCCCCACAAGCCUCUGUGGUUUUCUGUGUCCUAAAACAAAAAAUCAAUGCUUACUUUAAUUCAAAGUAAGGAAUCUUUGGAGUCAAAGUACAGACUGUACAUCUCUGGUAAUCUGGAGUGAACAGAUUUGGGGAAGUGUGCCUAGCACAUAUGCUUGUAGAUAAUGAAGUUCAUGCUGUCUGCUUUGGACAGGAAGGAACUGAUUGAUGACACUUAUUGUGCUGGAGUAGGUAUUUUGUGACCAUCUCCGAUGGUGUCCUGGUUUCUGUGGUGGGGAUUGGAAAAUACUUGCUGUAACCGAAAUAGCAUUUACAAGUUACCUGUUGUGUGAUGUAGCCUAUGGAUUACAUAUGACAUACUUGUAAAUAAUGUAAACCGUACUCAUCUUUUCAGACAUUUGGACGGCUGCAGAGGGUGUAUGAGCCUUUGCAAAGGCUUCCCCAUGUUUAUUGAUUGUAAGGAUUGUAGACGUAAGGAUUGAUUACCACCACAAACAUGUCCCCCAUCGCUGGCCGUCAUGUAGUCUUUUUUGAUGUGGUCAUACUACAAACAUGACAGUCUCACAAAAAAAAGUCUGAAUCACUGGUAAAUAUCUAGAAAAAUUUUACUUUCUUUUUCUUCAGUGUACGCCGUGUUUUUGUCAUGUCAAACAAUAUUCAGUAGGAAUGAACUUUGUAUAAAUGUAUAGGUCUUUAUGAUUUACUGUGAAAUGAAACAUAAAAAAUAGCUUUUA